GUGCUUGACGAGGAACCUUCAGCGCGCGAGAGAGAGAAAGAGAGCGAGUGAGAGAGAGAGCGGGGAAGAAGAAAGUGUGUCGCAGCAGCAAAGACAAGAAAAUAACCCUCUUUUUUUUGUACGACUCCUGCUAACUGACUGCGGAACAUUGCUUUCACCUUUGUGGAUUUCUUUACAUCUCACGUGUGUUUCUGUUGCUCUCCGCCGCUGUGUUUCGCUGCCCGGUGGUCCGACAGUUGUAACCGGACUUGAACGCAUCGCUGUGGUUGUUUUUUUUAACUGUGGAGAAAAAAGCAAAAGGUUCGCUGGAUUUUUCUCUUUUUUUCUUCUUCUUUUUUAAAAUUUUAUUCUAUUUUUUCUUUGUUUUUGUGUGUGCCGGUUUCUCUCUUUCCCCCCCUCCUCCUUCCCUCCCCCGUCUCCCCUAGACUCAGAACAUCCACCCCAGACGUGGCAUGACUGGUAGAUCUGGCAUCCGGACAGGUGAAUAGUUUCCCCUUCCCUCCCCAAUAAUAACUUUUUUUUUUGUUUCCUCUUUUCUUCGUCGUUAACAUUGUGGGAUAAAAAAAAACAAGAAGAAGAAAAAAGAAGCAAAAAGAAGAAAAAGUACACUUUUUAUUUGUAUUUUUUUUUUAUUAGUAAGUAAAACUCCAAAAAAAAGAUGUCUAAGCCUGCCGAUCACAUCAAGAGACCCAUGAACGCCUUCAUGGUCUGGUCCCGGGGCCAGAGGAGGAAAAUGGCGCAGGAGAAUCCCAAAAUGCACAACUCGGAGAUCAGCAAGAGGCUGGGCGCCGAGUGGAAGCUGCUCUCCGAGUCCGAGAAGAGGCCGUACAUCGACGAGGCCAAGCGGCUGCGCGCUCAGCACAUGAAGGAGCACCCCGACUACAAGUACCGGCCCCGGCGUAAGCCCAAGAACCUGCUGAAGAAGGACAGGUAUGUCUUCCCUCUUCCUUACCUCGGGGACAGCGAGCACCUGAAGGGGCUCUCCAUGUCGGCCGCGGACUCCCUGCUGGGCCACUCGGAGAAAGUGCGUGCGUUUAUGCCGCACACGAGCUCCCCGUACUCCUUCCUCGACCCGAGCCAGUUCACCUCCAGCGCCAUCCAGAAGAUGACGGAGAUGCCGCACGCGUUGAGCGCAGCCGGUUUGCCGUACGCGUCCUCGUUGGGAUACCAGAACGGCGCGUUCAGCGCCCUCGGGUGCCCGAGUCAGCACACCCACACCCACCCGUCGCCGACGAACCCGGGCUACGUGGUCCCGUGCAACUGCACCGCCUGGUCAGCGUCGAGUUUACAGCCCCCGGUGGCCUACAUACUUUUUCCAGGUAUGACCAAGAGUGGGAUUGACCCAUAUUCAUCCGCACAUGCCGCGGCCAUGUAACCCCCACUUAGACUCCUUUUCUUUUUUUUCUUUUUUUGAAAAAGUCACUUGAAUACUGAAAUGCAUGUAAAUAUAUGAUGGACAGCGCGCCCCCGUUUUAAAAAAAAAAAAGAAGAAAAAAAGAGGGGAAAAAAGAGGCAUGAACAGUAUUAAUUUGCCUUUGGACUUGUUAAGGCAACAACAACAAAAAAGGAGGAGAAAAAAAACUAAAAUAAAACUUUUCCAGAAAUCCAACAAGUUCCCGACCUGAGCAAAGGAGCUGGGAUGGUGUGAAAGGAUGGCGCCCUGUGAACUGUAAGAAUUGUAAAUGUUAUAACGUUUAUGGCAACCAGAAAAAAAAGGAGGCCUUUAACUUUAUUUAUUGUGUACAUUUCAAUGCUGAUUUGUGUUGAUUUUUUUUUUGUGGACAUAAAGUACUUCUUUUAUUUUGAAAAAAAAGAAGAAUUGGGCUUGCACAAUUAGCGUUCUUAUUUCCUGUAUAGGCCUAAGUAGUCUACAUUUUUGGCAGUCGUAAUUUUACGAUGUUUAUAGGUGGUAAAUAUCAGGACCUAUAGGCUGGCUUAUAUACGGGUCAUAUUGUUUAUAUUUAUCCAAAACCUGGCACAUGAAACUAGACGGUCUAUUUAAGAUGACACACACAUAAAAAAAAGAAGAAUAAAUAAUCAUUUGCAUCCAAUUGUUUUUAUUUUGUUAUCUUAUUACUUCUUUUUUUUUAAACCUGUGGUUCAGUGCUUAUAGUCACACACGUCAUUAUUUUUGUUUUGUUUUGAUUUUGUUUUGUUAAGGAUAACUUAUAUUUCAAUUCAAUGAGUUACGUGUGUAUUAUCAUCUAAGAUGGUGAUUCAACACCUGUCAUGUUAUGGGAAGGAUAAUGUAUAAGGUUGAUACCUCCUGCUCUUUGUUCCACUGCUGAGCGAAAGGCAUUUCGAAUAAAGACAAUCCGUCUUCAACGCUA